AUAAAAAGUAUGUGUUCAUGACUUCUUUCAUGUGAAUUGUGACCUGUUCACUCUUCAUCCCUUGUCAUCAUAAUCUUCUUCUUAUUAAGGUUGACCAAUCUCUCAGAGAGAGAGAGAGAGAGAGAGAGAGAUGGGUACGGUGAUGGAGCAUGGUGUGGUGGGAGACAAGGUGACUAACCACAGCAACAAUCAUGCAUGUUGCAAAUCAGGGCCAGGCUAUGCUUCCCCACUGGAAGCCAUGUCUGGUCCCAGAGAGUCUCUGAUUUAUGUCACUGCUAUCUACACAGGCACAGGAAUAGAGAAGCCUGACUAUUUGGCCACAGUGGACGUAGAUCCAAGCUCUCCAACUUAUUCCAAAGUCAUACAUAGGCUACGUGUUCCUUAUGUAGGUGACGAAUUGCACCAUACUGGGUGGAAUUCAUGCAGCUCUUGCCAUGGAGAUCCAUCAGCAGAGAGACAAUUUCUGAUCGUACCUGGACUCGUAUCAGGUCGCAUAUAUGUGAUUGACACAAAAACAAAUCCAAGGUCUCCAUCUUUGCACAAAGUUGUUGAGCCUGCAGAUGUCAUACAGAAGACUGGAUUAGCUUAUCCACACACGUCUCAUUGCCUUGCUUCUGGUGACAUAAUGAUCUCAUGUCUUGGAGAUAAAGAUGGAAAUGCGGCGGGAAAUGGAUUUCUUCUUCUUGAUUCGGAGUUUAAUGUGAAAGGAAGGUGGGAGAAACCAGGGCACAGUCCAUUAUUUGGGUAUGACUUUUGGUACCAACCACGGCACAAUACUAUGAUUAGCACAUCAUGGGGUGCUCCUAGUGCUUUUACCAAAGGUUUUAACUUGCAGCAUGUCUCUGAUGGAUUCUAUGGGAGGCAUCUUCAUGUAUACAGCUGGCCCGGGGGCGAACUGAGACAAACAUUGGACCUUGGUAACACAGGGCUUUUACCAUUGGAGAUAAGGUUUCUGCAUGAUCCUGCUAAAGAUACAGGUUUUGUUGGGAGUGCAUUGACAAGUAACAUGAUACGAUUUUUUAAGACCCAAGAUGGAUCAUGGAGCCAUGAGGUUGCCAUAUCAGUGAAACCUCUGAAAGUGCAAAACUGGAUUCUUCCAGAAAUGCCUGGGCUUAUAACUGAUUUUCUGAUUUCUCUUGAUGAUCGGUUUCUGUACUUUGUAAACUGGCUUCACGGGGAUAUAAGGCAAUAUAACAUUGAGGACCUUAAAAAUCCUAUACUGACUGGCCAAGUAUGGGUUGGUGGACUUAUCCAGAAAGGAAGCCCAAUAGUAGCUAUAGCAGACGAUGGUAAAACUUGGCAAUCUGAUGUGCCAGAGAUUCAGGGAAAAAAAUUGAGAGGGGGCCCUCAGAUGAUUCAAUUGAGUUUAGAUGGGAAGCGGUUGUUUGUUACCAACUCACUGUUUAGUGCAUGGGAUAAACAAUUUUAUCCAGAGAUUAUGGAGAAAGGAUCACACAUAUUACAGAUUGAUGUUGAUACUGAGAAUGGUGGCCUGAAAAUUAACCCAAACUUCUUUGUGGACUUUGGAGCUGAGCCUGAUGGUCCUUCCCUUGCUCAUGAGAUGAGAUAUCCUGGUGGUGACUGCACUUCAGAUAUAUGGAUUUAAGCAUGCGUAUCAUAGUUUCGUUAUAAUAAAGUUAUCUUUCAUAUAGUUGUAAUGAGCUACUACGAUGCUUUUGUCCAACUUCAACAUCUUGAACACAGUUUUCUGCUCUGCCUAAAUAAAGUCUAGUUCACCUCCAAAACUUCUCUUGAAAUAUAUAAAAU